UCUCACCUCUUUCCUUCGUUUUUUCUUUUCAAAUUUCAGAGGAGAAUAAUAAUCCGCGAUAGACGACCCCUUUAUUCUCGUAACUCGCCGUUAUCAAACUCACCGAGUCGACUCGUCUUCCCGAUCAACCCGCCUAAUACCACCAUCUGAUCACUUCCUUAUUCAUGGAGAUCUCCUCCGCCGAAUCUCUAUCCAUCUCCGGCGCAGCCGCCUCUGAGCUCGCAUCAGAACCCUCAGCAUCUUCUCCCUCAUCCUCGUCGCCGAUUCAAGCGUCUCCCAACGCUUUCUCGACGACGUCGAGGUACGUUGACGACGACGACGACGACGAAGACGAGGGGGACGUCUGCAGGAUCUGCAGAAACCCAGGCGAUGCGGAUAAUCCGCUCCGGUAUCCGUGCGCUUGCAACGGGAGCAUCAAGUUCGUGCACCAGGAUUGCCUCCUUCAGUGGCUUAAUCAUAGCAACGCUCGUCAAUGCGAGGUUUGCAAGCAUCCUUUUUCGUUCUCCCCUGUGUACGCUGAAAACGCACCCACAAGGCUCCCUUUCCAGGAGUUUGUGGUUGGUAUCGGCAUGAAAGCUUGCCGUGUUUCGAAAUUCUUUCUGCGGUUGAGCUUCGUGCUAUCUGUCUGGCUUCUCACCAUUCCUUUCAUUACGUUCUGGAUAUGGAGACUUGCUUUUGUGAGGAGUUUUGGGGAAGCUCAGAGGUUGUUCUUGAGCCACAUCUCCACCACGGUGAUUCUCACCGAUUGUUUGCAUGGGUUCUUGCUGUCGGCGAGUAUUGUCUUCAUUUUCCUUGGUGCGACUUCGUUGAGGGAUUACUUUAGGCAUUUGCGAGAGUUGGGGGGACAGGAAGAGAGGGAAGAUGAAGGUGCUGCGAGAAGACCUGGUGGACAGGGUAAUAGGAAUCUUGCGGGAGAAGGGAAUGGUGAAGAUGUUGCUAGAAGGAAUCUUGAGAAUGUUCUGGCUCAGGUUGAACAAAUAGUUGACGGUUUGGAUGAUGCUGAUGGUGCAGAAGACGUUCCGUUUGACGAGCUGGUUGGAAUGCAGGGUCCCGUGUUUCAUUUGGUCGAGAAUGCCUUUACUGUUCUAGCAAGCAAUAUGAUAUUCCUUGGUGUUGUGAUCUUUGUGCCCUUCACAUUAGGACGGGUUAUAUUGUAUCAUGUCUCGUGGCUUUUUGCUGCUGCUAGAGGCCCUGCCCUGACUGCAUCAAUGCAUCUUAUAGAUGCAUCAUUGGAAAAUAUAACUCUGAAGAGUGCGUUGACUUCCGUCUCAAAUUUGACUAAUGAGGGCCAAGAAAAUGGACUACUUGAUCAGCUCUCAGAAGUGAUGAAAGUCAAUGGAAGUGAAUUGAAUGGGGCAAACAAUACACUAUCUGUCGCUUCUGAUUUCUUGAAAGGCUCUGUUGCUGGAUCGUCAAAGCUAUCUGAUGUUACAACUCUGACUGUCGGGUACAUGUUUAUAGUCUCUCUGGUGUUCCUUUACCUUGGGAUCAUCGCAUUGAUUCGUUAUGCCAAAGGUGAGCCACUGACUGUAGGGAGAUUUUAUGGUAUCGCCUCGAUAGUAGAAGCUGUACCAUCCCUCCUUAGACAGUUCCUGGCAGCUAUGAGGCAUCUGAUUACUAUGAUCAAAGUUGCAUUUCUUUUGGUCAUCGAGCUUGGAGUCUUCCCACUGAUGUGUGGGUGGUGGCUAGAUGUUUGCACUGUUAGGAUGUUUGGUAAAACAAUGUCCCACAGAGUACAGUUUUUAUCAAUCUCUCCACUGGCUAGCUCACUUGUUCAUUGGGUUGUUGGAAUCAUGUACAUGCUGCAAAUAAGUAUCUUCGUUAGCCUUCUUCGAGGGGUUCUUCGUCCUGGAGUUCUGUAUUUCCUUCGUGAUCCUGCAGAUCCUAACUAUAAUCCAUUUAGAGAUUUGAUUGAUGAUCCGGUACACAAACAUGCUCGGAGGAUUCUGUUAUCUGUUGCAGUGUAUGGAAGUUUGAUAGUCAUGCUCGUAUUUUUACCAGUCAUACUUACGAUCCGGAUGGCUCCUUCAAUCUUCCCGCUAGACAUAUCUGUAUCCGAUCCAUUCACUGAGAUUCCGGCCGACAUGCUCCUGUUCCAAAUAUGCAUACCUUUUAUAAUCGAGCACUUCAGACUUCGAACCACAAUUAAGUCCCUUCUACGUUACUGGUUCAUCGGCGUGGGUUGGGCGCUUGGUUUGACAGACUUCCUCUUGCCACGACCGGAGGACAACGUUGGUCAGGACAAUGGAAAUGGUGAACCAGGAAGACAGAACAGAGCACCCAUGGCUGCGCUUCCAGCAGCUAAUGACCUUAACAGAAAUCUCAUCGGUGCUGGAAAUGUCAACACGGGUGAGGAAUAUGAGGAUGAUGAAGAGCAAUCUGAUUCAGACAGGUACAACUUUGUGCUCCGGAUAAUCCUCCUGCUACUUGUUGCAUGGGUUACUCUUCUUCUCUUCAAUUCAGCAUUGAUAGUUGUACCAGUUUCUCUUGGGCGUGCUCUAUUCACUGCCAUCCCAAUUCUCCCAAUAACGCAUGGCAUCAAAUGCAAUGACCUGUAUGCCUUCGUCAUUGGCAUGUAUGCUUUAUGGACCACCAUAUCUGGUGCCAGGUACGCCAUCGAGCAUGUCAAGUCAAAGAGGACUUCGGUCUUACUUAACCAAAUCUGGAAAUGGUGUGGGAUUGUCUGCAAGAGCUCGGUGCUGUUAGCCAUAUGGGUUUUUGUAAUUCCGGUUCUAAUCGGACUUCUAUUUGAGCUUUUGGUGAUUGUUCCAAUGAGAGUCCCAGUUGAUGAAAGCCCUGUCUUCCUCCUUUAUCAAGACUGGGCUCUUGGCCUCAUCUUUUUGAAGAUCUGGACUAGAUUGGUAAUGCUGGAUCAUAUACUUCCGAUAACGGAUGAUACCUGGAGAGCUAAGUUUGUGAGAGUAAGAGAAGAUGGCUUCUCAAGGCUUCAAUGGCUAUGGGUACUUAAAGAGAUUGUAUCCCCUAUCGUGAUGAAACUGCUGACAGCAUUAUGUGUGCCUUAUGUCCUGGCAAGGGGAGUCUUCCCCAUACUCGGAUAUCCACUGGUUGUGAACUCGGCGGUCUACAGAUAUGCUUGGAUAGGUUGUCUCUCUGUGAGUCUCUUUUGCUUCUGUGCAAAGAGAUGCCAUGUCUGGUUCAGAAACCUUCACAACUCCAUCCGUGAUGAUCGUUACCUCAUUGGUCGGAGGCUCCAUAACUUUGGGGAAGCUGUUUUGGCUCACCAAAACCAAAGCAGUGAGGAUGAAGGGGAUGGUGGUGUCUUGGUAGGACGUGGGGAAGAUGCUGAUACUGGUCUUAGGCUCAGACGUGCAAUCCAACAAGAAGCUUAGAAAGAUUAGUGUUUUGUAUCAAAACAGUUUGAUGUUUAACAUUUGUGUGCUUAGUCCGUAGAGGACUGGCUUCAAAUUUUUCAUUUUAUUAGUCUAUAUGUAAAUUAUAUAUAUAUUAAUAAUAUAUCCGUUGAUCCU